AUGGAGCUCACCAGGUUUCUCGCUGCCCUAGCAGUCUUCCUGCCUAUCGUAUACGGCGCCCCUACCACGGCCGCCAACAACCUCCACCCCGAGAUCCUGGCUGCCAUGAAGCGCGACUUAGGACUGGACGCUGAGCAGGCCCAUGUUCGCGUCGCCCGGGAGCUCAAGGCCACCGAAGUCAUCGAGCAGCUGCGCACCUCAACUGGCAACUCUUUCGGCGGCGCUUGGCUCGUCGAUGGAGAGCUCAAUGUCGCUGUCACUGACGAGGCUUUGACCUCCGAGGUAAUCGCUGCUGGCGCCACGCCCUUAGUCGUUUCCAAUAGCCUCUCCAAGCUUGAGGAUGCCCAGAAGGCACUUGACGAGAUGGACAUUGAGCAAGCCCUUGACAAGCGCUCGAAGGAGACUGGGAUCGCGGCGUACUAUAUCGACGUCGCCGCCAACAAGCUCGUACUGGAGGCACUUUCCGGCAGUACCUCUCAGGCUGAGGAGCUGGCCAAGCAAGUGGGCCUCGUCGAGUCCGAGUUUGAGGUCCGCACCGUUAAGGAUAUGCCGACCACCUUCGCCACAGUCCGCGGCGGCGACGCCUACCUCAUCAACCAAAGCGCCCGAUGCUCUGUAGGUUUCUCAGUCACCACUGGUUUCGUCUCUGCUGGCCACUGCGGCAGUGUCGGUGCUACUGCCACUACCACCAGCGGUGCUACUCUGGGAACCUUCUCGGGUUCAGUCUUCCCAGGAAGUGGCGACUACAGCUACAUCCGCGGUAGUAGUGGAAACACCUUCUCUGGCACCAUCAACAACUACAGCGGUGGUACAAUUACCGUGUCGGGCAGCACCGCCGCCGCCGCCGGAGCCAGUGUCUGCCGUUCCGGCUCCACCACCGGUGUCUUUUGCGGGACCGUCCGCGCCCUGGGCGCGACCGUCACCUACUCUCAGGGACGUGUCACUGGCCUCACCCAGACCAGUGUCUGCGCCGAGCCCGGUGACUCUGGCGGUUCCUUCUACUCUGGCUCCCAGGCCCAGGGUGUCACCUCCGGAGGCUCCGGCGACUGCAGCAGUGGUGGCACAACCUACUUCCAGCCCGUCAACGAGAUUUUGUCGGCCUACGGCCUCACUCUUGUCCGUGGUUAA